CACAGGCUGGAACGAGCUGCUGAUCGCGUCGUUCUGUGUGUGUGUGGGGCUGACGCUAUGGGGCUGACAUUAUGGGAUGCUAUGGGGCAGAUAUUAUGGGAUGUGGGGCUGACGCUCUGGGGCUGUCGCUAUGGGGCUGUCGCUCUGGGGCUGAAGUUAUGGGGCUGACGCUCUGGGGUUGCCCCACAGGCUGGAACGAGCUGCUGAUCGCGUCGUUCUGUGUGUGUGUGGGGCUGACGCUCUGGGGCUGUCGCUAUGGGGCUGAAGUUAUGGGGCUGAUGCUAUGGGGCUGCCCCACAGGCUGGAACGAGCUGCUGAUCGCGUCGUUCUCGCACCGCUCCAUCGCGGUUCAGGACGGAAUCCUGCUGGCCACGGGGCUCCACGUCCAUCGCAGCAGCGCCCACAGCGCCGGCGUCGGCGCCAUCUUCGACAGGGUUCUGACUGAGCUGGUGUCGAAGAUGCGCGAUAUGAGGAUGGACAAAACGGAGCUGGGCUGCCUGCGCGCCAUCAUCCUCUUCAACCCCGACGCCAAAGGUCUGUCGAACCCCGGCGAGGUGGAGGUGCUGCGGGAAAAGGUUUACGCGGCGCUGGAGUCCUACUGCAAACAGAAAUACCCCGAGCAGCAGGGAAGGUUCGCCAAGCUGCUGCUCCGUCUGCCGGCUCUGCGCUCCAUCGGCCUCAAAUGCUUGGAGCACCUCUUCUUCUUCAAGCUCAUCGGGGACACCCCCAUCGACACCUUCCUCAUGGAGAUGCUCGAGGCUCCCCACCAGCUGGCCUGACCCCCCCGCCAUCCCAUAAUACCACCCUAUAAUCCCAUAAUCCCAGUCCUGACCCCGUAAUCCCGAUCCCGUGGUUCGUUUCUCCCAUUUCGGGUCACGGAAAUCGGCCUCGUGUCAUGAAAAUGGACUCUAAUCAGGAGCUCAAAGACAGAAUGCCAUCCCAUAAUACCACAAUCCCACCCUGUAAUCCC